UCAACACUUUUGCAUCAACAAAAAAGUAGCCAUGGCCACUAAGAGAAACACAUUACUUGCCCUUUUGCUCUUGCUCAACCUCAUAUUCUUCUCCUUGACCACUGCUUCGACUUACCCGAUCCCAAAACCAGGUUCAAGAACUCGACCAAACCCCAAACCGCGCACCCCAUCUAGCCCGUGUGCAGGGACUCCAUCGGGCCAGCAACCCGGGAGUCCACCGGGCCAACAACCAGGGACUCCACCGAGCCAACAACCGGGAAACUCAUCAUGCCCUAGAGAUGCCCUAAAAUUGGGUAUCUGCGCCAACCUAAUCGGAAACCUUCUUAACGUGACCAUUGGAACGCCACCCGUGACCCCAUGCUGCACCCUUAUCCAAGGGCUGGCCGAUCUUGAGGCCGCCGUCUGCCUUUGCACUGUGAUUAGGGCUAACAUUUUGGGCCUCGACAUUAGUCUUCCCAUUGCUCUCACCUUGCUCCUAAAUGUGUGCAGCAGGGAAGUCCCUAGGGACUUCCUCUGCGCUUGAAAAGCGAACUUAAUUCGGUCAUUUGAAGCUUGAAUUUUAUGCUCAUUAAUCAAGAUUGUGUGUGGUUUUACUAUUGUUUGUGUUUGUUAGGAUGUGCUGUGUGAGGAAGACUUGAAUAAUGUUAGUUUUAGUGUCAUGCAGUUUGUGUAAUGGUCAAUCGAAUUGAAAAUGUUAAUCGUUUUAUCAAGCAGUUUGUGAAAUUUAAUUACAUUUCUUUCUUAA